CAACCCAAGAUAAAACAUCAAAUCAAAUCCGGCCAUGUCCCUUUUGCUAUUGUUUUAUCUCUUUUUUGCUGCAAUUUAUACAGCAGCAGCUCAACAAAGAUCCACCAACAUAACCCUAGGCUCAUUCUUAACACCAACCGGCAAUUCUUCAUGGUUGUCACCCUCUGGGCAAUUUGCUUUCGGUUUCUAUCGGCAAGGCAGUGGCUUUGCCGUCGGAAUAUUCCUGGCCAGCAUACCUGAGAGGACACCGGUCUGGACAGCCAACAGGAACACUAAUCCCAUUUUCCCCAGUAAUUCAACUUUGGUGUUGAAGAGCGAUGGAAGGCUAGUUGUGGAGGUAGGCCAAGGCCAAGAUAUCGAUAUUAUUGAUAAUGGUCUUCCUAUUACAUUAGCUUCCAUGUUAGACAACGGAAAUUUCGUGGUCUAUAGUUCUGAUGGGAUGAUGUGGCAGAGCUUUGAUAAUCCAACAAAUACCCUUUUGCCCGGACAGAUCCUUUCCAAUGGAAAAGAGCUGGUUUCCAGUGCUUCAGAAAGCGAUGACAGCACCGGAAUUUUCCGUAUCAAGAUGCAAAGUGACGGAAACCUUGUUCAGUAUCCAGUCCAGACUACAGAUACUGGUGGAAAUGCUUACUGGGCAUCAAACACUGCUGGUCGAGGUAAUCAGAUUACGCUAAAUCUUGAGGAAGAUGGUUACCUCUACUUGAUCAAUUCUACCAACAAUAUUAGUGUGGAUAACUUAACCACAGGAGGCUUUCCAAAGGAAAAAUAUAUUUACAUUGCAAAAUUAGAUGUGGAUGGUAUUUUCCGGCUGUAUUCACAUCCAUUUGGUCAUGGAAACUGGUCAGUUUUAUGGUCAACUACGGCAGAUAAAUGCGCCCCAAAAGGCGUCUGCGGGAUGAAUGCUUUUUGCACUAUAAUGGACAAUGAACCUCAAUGCAGAUGUCUCCCAGGGUUCAGCGUUGUUGUUCCAGGCAAAUGGAGUUCAGGAUGCAACAGAAAUUUCACUGCAAGAAGCUGUGAAGGAGAUAUUGAUUAUUAUGAAAUGAGAGCAUUGGAAAACACAGUUUGGCAAAGCAAUUCCUAUGCCAGUUUGAAAACUUCAACUAAAGAAGACUGUGAACAAGCCUGUCUGGAGGACUGCAAUUGUGAGGCGGCACAGUUUAAAGAUGGCAACUGCAAUAAGGACAGGCUGCCCCUGAUAUAUGGAAGAAGAUCGAUGGAUGAUUCUAAUGCAGCUCUUAUUAAGGUUGGAUUGCCUGCAAAUAUUGGAGGAGGAGGAGGAGGAAGUCAAGUUGGCCAUCCCACAGAAACCAAAAAACAGCUGCGCAUAGACAUUUUAGUUCUCAGCAUUUCAUUAUUAGCUUUUGCUCUUCUGGUCUUGCUGAUCUCUGGGUUGCUGAUACACAAAAGCAGGGUUUGGAGAUAUAGAAAGAUCUCUGAGAGCAGAGAUGGCCAUUUAUGUGAGGAUGUUGGACCCAGGGGUUUCACCUAUGCAGAAUUACAGCAGGUGACCAAUGAUUUCAAUGAAGAGCUUGGCAGAGGGGCAUUUGGGACAGUUUUCAAAGGAGUGCUGGCAGAAGGCCAGAAAUUAGUAGCUGUAAAGAGGCUAGAAAAAGUUUUGGAAGAAGGGGAAACAGAGUUCCAGAAUGAAAUGAAAGUUAUUGGAAAAACCCAUCACCGAAAUUUAGUGAAGCUGCUGGGUUACUGCAUAGAUGGACCUAAAAGACUUCUGGUUUAUGAAUACAUGAGCAACGGAUCUCUGGCUGAUAUACUUUUCACGCCAGAGAAACAGCCGUGUUGGGAGGAGAGAAUUCGCAUUGCUCGAGACAUCGCAAGGGGCAUUCUGUAUUUACAUGAAGAGUGUGAGACCCAAAUAAUCCAUUGCGAUAUAAAGCCUCAGAACAUACUAAUGGACAAUCGUUGUGUGGCAAAGAUUUCAGACUUUGGAUUGGCAAAACAUAUGAAACAAGAUCAGACCAGAACUUAUACCGGAGUUAGAGGAACAAAGGGUUACGUGGCACCAGAAUGGCACAGAAAGAUGGCAGUGACAGUAAAAGCAGAUGUAUACAGCUUUGGGAUAGUGCUGCUAGAGCUAAUCACUCGUCGAAAGAGUGUAGAUUGGAGCCUUAGUGAAGACGAAGCAGUUCUUGAAGAAUGGGUUUACAGUUGCUUUGAUGCGGGUGAGGUUAGUAAAGUAGUUGGGGAAGAGGAAGUGGAGAAGAAACAAGUAGAGAGACUGGUAAAAAUCGCCAUAUGGUGCACCCAAGAAGAGCCAUCACUCCGCCCUUCAAUGAAGAAAGUUUUACUAAUGCUUGAGGGGACAGUUGAUAUUCCUGUACCCCCUAGUCCUACUUCAUUUCUUAGUGCCGUAUAAUUCAGACCACAACUAUCUCAAACUUUGUAACAUUUUCCCUUCUGCUAUUGGGAAUCUCCAAGUGCAUUCUCUUUAAUCCUGAAAUCAAAUAAAUGUAUGUGAUACCAUUUGCCUAUAUGGAUUAUGCUUCAUAGCCUCUACAGGUUAGAUGGUUCUACAUAUACAUUCUGAACAAUGGAAGUGCAAUUUGUUAGAA